CGUCCCGACACUAAAAUCCUACCCUAAUCUUUUUACCCCCUCACCCCCUAUAUAUAACACACACAAAAUAAUAAGCUAUUGUCUCUCUCUUCCAUAUCACUUCAAAUUCCUUCACUUUCUCUCCCUAAAAAUCAGUUUUUCUUUAGGGGUAAUGGAGAUGGUGACUUAUAAGUCUGACGCACUGACUUUGCAGAAGCCAAUUGCGUCUGUUUUUGUGCAAGCUUUGGUGGUUGACACUGUUUUGACUGCUCAAAAAGCUCUUAUUUGCUUUCUUGUGCUGGCAGAAGUUCUACUAAAGAAUGAAAACGGGUUACUCGACUUGAUUGGAGGUGAUCGAAGGUUUCCAAAGGAUGAGCUGCACAGAAGGAAAAGCCCUGAACCCGAAAAUGUAGAUGGCAGUGAUACAGAGGAUGACGAUGAAGAUGAUGAUGAUGCAGAACAGGAUGAUGAUGAGGGGGAUGAAGAUUUUUCUGGUGAAGAGGGAGGAGACGAUGACGAAGAGGGAGAUCCUGAGGAGGAUCCAGUGGCUAACGGCAAUGAUGGCAGUGAUGAUGAAGAUGAUGGAGACGAGGACGAAGAGGACGAGGAAGGUGAUGACGACGAGGACGAAGAAGAUGAAGAUGACGAGGACGAAGAGGACGCACCACCAGCUAAGAAGAGAAAGUAAAGUACUUUAUUCAUUGCUUGGGUUUCUUUAGAUUUGUCUGGAUUGUAGCUUAACUAGGAAGGAGUGCUUUUUUUUAUCAGUUAUUAUGUAGGAAAUCAGCCUGUUGGUAUUCUGAAUGAUCUUCGGUUUAUGAGACAGAUUGUAAUGAUAUAUUUCGCUGUGGUACAACUUAUUCAGGACUA